AUGACGUCCAUUUACACUCCAGAUCAGGUUGAAGCCUACCUGAGGCGCAUCAGGUACGCAGACUCCGCCUUAGGCUCAGGAACAGGCACAGGAACGCAACACCCUCGCCUUGAGAAGCUCAAGCACUCAAUCGAUGAAGAUGCUCUAGCUGCGCUCUCAGAGCUUCAACGCCGACAUCUAGGCUCAAUUCCAUGGGGGAACUCAGCAAUCCAUUAUUCGCAGCAUCAUACCAUCUCCACCCACCCGUCCGCCGUCUUUGAAAAACUGGUCGUUCGUCGCCUGGAUGGAUACUGCAUGGAAAACACCAACCUGCUCUAUGGUAUCCUCCGAUCAGUAGGCUAUCAGGUUUUCCCAAAUGCAGGAAGAGUGUCCAAGACACCAGCGAAUCCGAAGGUCCUCGGUGCCGAUGUUCGCUAUAGCUCUCUAUCUCACAUGGUGCUGAUUGUCACCAUCGAUCAGCGUAGAUAUAUGGUCGACGUGGGCUUCGGAAACAACGUCCCAACCAGGCCCCUACCGCUAGAAGAAAACACAGUUUCCAUCAACAUCGCACCAUCAGAAAUGCGAUUGAUUAAAGACUCACUUCCCGAGCUCGUUGACCAAACCCAAAAGUUCUGGAUCUACCAGAUUCGGUUCAGCUCAGAUAGCGUAUGGAUCCCGAUCUACGCAUUUUCCGAGGUCGAGUUCCUGCCUCAGGACUUUGCAAUGAUGAACUACCAAACCUAUCAGCUGCCGAGUAGUUGGUUUACACAGAUGCUUGUCUGUGUCCAGCUUAUACUUGAUGACGCAGGACAAGGGCUUAAGGGUCUCUAUAUCCUUGCUGGAAAGGAGGUGAAGAGGAGGGUUCAUGGGGAAACAGAGACCGUGGACACGCUAGAAAGCGAAACAGACAGAGUGAGGGCUCUAGAGAAGUGGUUCGGCAUGCGCCUUUUAGAUCAUGAGAUUGCGGGGAUUAACGGGCUUGGUUCUGCCAUGCGGUAG